AUGUCUCCAUUUUCAUAUCAUACUCAGAAGAUUUUGUCGCCUAAAUCAAAAACACCUAGAUCAUUCAUCUUCCUGGACGAUCCUCUUAGCGCUUUGCCAGAUCAUGUUCUGAGCAAGAUCAUUCGUAAGCUGGACCUGAAAGAAGCAGUGAGGACGAGCAUUUUAUCGAAAAGAUGGAGAUAUAUUUGGACUCACUAUCGUGUACUCGAGUUUAACCAUGUUAAUAUACUUGGACUGAAAUCUAGGCUUGCGAGGAAUGAAUGGGUAGGUUUAGACACUGAUUUUGUGAAUUGGGUGGACAAGAUUAUGGAACAGAGGUUCGAAGGAGAUAUAAGAAAGGGUCGGUCAAGUUCCCCAAAGUUUGGUUCACUCAUUUCUAUUCGGCUUGAAUCUGUAAACAUAAGCAAUCUUCAACUGGCCAGGGUUCUGGAAAGUUGCCCAUUACUUGAAGAAUUAUCUCUGGAUAGAUGUAGUAAUCUCACCAAAGUGAGAAUUGGCGAUUCAGAGAACAACAACUGUACUCGUUUGAAGCAUUUGUCCUUGAUCAACUGUUUGAAACUUAGGGAGAUUGAUGUGAUCCGUGCCCAAAAUCUCACUUAUCUUGAUCUUGAAGAUGUAAUGAUAAACAGUCUGCAAUUGGAGAUGUUUAUAAAAUGUUGCCCGUUACUCGAAGAAUUAAGUUUGAAUAGCUGUCCUCAACUCAAAUAUAUGAGAAUUCUCGAAUCAAACAACAGUCCUCUCAAGUAUUUGUACAUGAUGAACUGCUGGGAACUUGUGGAGCUUGAACUUUAUGCCAACCUUCUUCAUACACUUGAAUGCUAUCUUAUGACAGAUUGGUUCUCGGUUAUGAAAACCCCGAAACUGGUUAAUGUUUUUAUUGGCGAACUUAUAGAUUUCCACCAUCCUAUUACUAGAAUAAUUCAUGACAUUCCUUAUCAUAGUUUAAAUUUUUUCUUUGCAAAUGAUGAUCCUGUCCCUGCUUUGUGUCACGGCCCACUUGUCUUCCUAACCCAAGAGGCUUAA